UCUUCAAAUGAUUAUUGUGACUUUAAAGGGCCUGAACAAGUAGCAGUUACUGAAUACCCGUGGGCUGUUGUGGUUUUUCUGUGUUCGGCUGUGCUUUCUCCUCCCUUGACUCAGAAUACUUUCCCCAUCACUUCUCCAUUCUUCAAGAAGCCACCUGCUUCCAAAACUGCUCAAAGCAAAACCAAAUUUUUUUCCACUGGUCUUGACACCCAAAAGGUUUUUGUUCAGGACCAACCUGUAGUGGGGUUUCUCAAGGUGGGGUCCCACAGGCUACCUGCAUUAGAAUCACCCAGUUGCCAGCUAUGCAGAUCCUCGGAUCCCAUCCAGAUCUGCUGAAUUUCAGUCUCUGGGUCUGGGGCCUAGAAAUCUGCAUUUUAAAAGGCUCCCUUGGUAGGGGGGAGGGGGCCCGAUACAUACCAACGUCCACAAGCCACAGUUCUGUGAACACUCACCAACAGGAAAGUCCUGAUUCACCCAGGCCCUGCCCCCUUGUCCCGUCUAUCAGGCAAUUCAAAGUCUCUGGGCCGCAAGUUACUGAUUAACCCUAGGUUUCGUGAAAAGAAAUAAUAAUAACUGAAGGGAUAAUGUAAAACAAGAAACAAGCCGAGCAGUUCUGGAAGAGAGUGGUGGUGGUAGAUGGCUGUUGGUGGCUCGAAACUUCCAUCCAGACUCCAAACCAGUCACAGCAGCAACAACUGAGACUCCCUGUUGAUAUCAGCCCAGGCUCUGAGCAGCAUCGUCCCUGCGGGCACCUGUGCCCAGAAUGGCCUGUACCAAAGUCCCGGAGCAGCCAGCCCCCCAGCAAUCCCAUCCCAUUUCCACAGGAUCCUUCACCUCCAAGGCCAAGGACCCUGCUAGGUGUCACCGAGGCUCCGCAGGGGUUGACCUGGAAUGCCUGGUAUGCCGGGAACCCUACAGCUGCACUCGGCUACCCAAGGUGCUGGGCUGCCAGCAUGGCUUCUGUGCCGUCUGCCUGAAGCUCCUGCUGUGUGUGCAGGACAACACCUGGUCCAUCACCUGUCCACUGUGCCGCAAGGUCACUGCCAUUCCCGGAGGCCUUAUAUGCAGCCUGCGAGACCAGGAGGCAACGAGGGGGCAGUUGGCACACCCUGUCCCUGAGGUGUCUCUCUGUCCUCAGGGGCUGGCAGAUCCUGCCUCUUCGGCAGCAGAGCACCCCAACUUGGUGGGAGAGGAUGAGCAGGAUGCAAUGAGUGCCAACCGCGUGGCAGCCCGGAGCCUGGCCGCGCACCUGCUCCUACUGAUUCUGCUCAUCGUUUUCAUCCUCCCCUUCAUCUACCCUGUUGUCAUCAGGUGGGUGCUGGUCUUCGUCAUUGGACUGGCCCUGUUGUUGUCCACCCUCUGCUGUUGUUACUCCAGUGGCCGGGGCAGCUGCUGGCCCUCCUCCAGGACUCUUUUCUGCAGAGAGAGGAAACAAACCCAGGUCUCUUCGAUUGCCUGA